UCGUCGUACUUGAAAUCUAAUACAAUGGAUGAUGCCCUCCAAUUCCUCCGCGACAACCCUUCAGAAAAGCCUAUAACCGCUGCACGAAUAUUCAAUAUAAAUGCGAAGACCCUCAAUACGAACCUCCGACGAGCGAAACUCAAAGCCCAGGCACCAAACCCUAUUUACGGAGGCCAGAAUAAGAUACUUUCAGAGGCACAAAUCAAGGCUAUAUACAAAUAUGUAGAGGAUUCAUAUUUUGCGGGCUAUGGGGCGUCAAAAGCGAUGGUUUUUACAGCAAUUGGCCACUUGCGGGCAGCGGAAAUACCGCCUAAACCAGCACCUUCAUGGCGUUGGUUUCAGAGCUUUAUAAAGAGCUCUUCGAUCCUCUUUCGAGUUGUCAAAACGAAGCCAAUUGCACGAGUCCGAGUUACGACCCAUGAUAUUUCUGCGGUACAAGACUGGGGAUGCGCUUUUGUCAACAGCGCAAGAGAGAGACAUAAUCGAGUCCGAGGUAGCGCAAGAACAGUGGUCGGCGAAAGCGAGUUGAAGCCUGAAAGCGAGUUGAAGCCUGAAAGCGAGUUGAAGCCUGAAAGCGAGUUGAAGCCUGAAAGCGAGUUGAAGCCUGAAAGCGAGUUGAAGCCUGAAAGCGAGUUGAAGCCUGAAAGCGAGUUGAAGCCUGAAAGCGAGUUGAAGCCUGAAAGCGAGUUGAAGCCUGAAAGCGAGUUGAAGCCUACCAGAUAUCAUAACUAUGUAGAAUCUAAUACAACCACUAUCUAA